AUGGAGGAUGUUGUGAUGCGUAUUGAAGGCUCUUGGCAGGGCUACUUUAACGGUGGAGCGCUAGUCCAGAUGCGCUCGCCGCCCGGGCCGAGGCUUACAUCAUAUUUUGGGCAGGCACCCAUGCCGCCUGAGGCAGCCAUGGUCAGCCCCAAGCCGGUUCCGCGGAUCUUCCCAGCCGCGUUGAUCUCAAAACGGCUAUUGUUCAAGGUUGGUUUCCCACCCCACGUCAACUACCUCCCUUGCAAAGCUGUCUUGGACCUCGAAGAGAUCCGCUGCACCUCUUCUUUUACCCGAAGCCUGCAUUUCCACAUUGAGGUUCUCUGUGGGCUCGAAGAUCGAUCAUCCAAGGUCCUGGGAUUGCGACAGGAGUGA